AUGCCCUGGACCGCACCUUGGAGCGCCUGGAUGACCCGAAGAUGUCAGCCGCGCCAGCGCAGAAGCUCCGCGGCUUCGCCUGACAACAGCCAGUCACCUCCGAAGCCGCUGCUGAAUCGGCUGCUGCCGCUCAUCGAGGCCUUCUUCGUGCUGCACGGUCACGCGGACAAGGCCCCACGACCAGAGGAACCACUUCAGAUGACCGAGGGCGGCUCGUCACGGCACGUUUUUGCCGAGUUCCACGAGCAGUCCGCAGCAGAGAGAUCUCGCAUCGGCCAGUUCUGCAAGAAGCAUCGGCGUCAGUACUGCGUCCGUUGA